AUGAAACUCGACGUGACUGCUAUGCGUUACCUGACGAGGGAGCACUUCCGCGUGCUGACAGCCAUCGAAAUGGGUAUGAAGAAUCACGAGGUGGUGCCCGUGGAGUUGAUCUCCAGUAUCGCCAAACUGCGGCAUGGUGGUGUUCAGAAAAUUCUGUCGCACUUACUUCGCAACAAGCUCAUCGCGCACGACGGCAACGCCUACGACGGGUACCGCCUCACGUACAAUGGAUAUGAUUAUCUAGCGUUGCGUGUAUUCCUGCAGCGUGGCCAUAUCACUGGUCUUGGCCGCCAGAUCGGUGUUGGUAAGGAAUCCGACAUCUACCUGGCCACCCAGGAGGAUGGCACAGAGGUAGCAAUUAAGUUCCACCGCCUCGGACGCACAUCAUUCCGCGCUGUUAAGUCCAAGCGAGACUACCUCAAGAACCGCAAGUCAGCCAGUUGGUUCUACAUGUCGCGCCUCUCGGCUAUGAAGGAAUACGCCUUCCUGAAGGCUUUGUACGAUCGUGACUUCCCGACGCCGACGCCUAUUGACUGCAACCGCCAUGCGAUCUGCAUGAGUCUUGUGGAUGGUUACCCGCUCAACCAAGUGCGUCGUCUUGCUAACUCGAAGGAUGCCUAUGACACGGCCAUGUCGAUUGUUGUGCGAUUGGCGGAAUAUGGACUGGUGCACUGUGACUUCAACGAGUUUAACAUUAUGAUCGGAGAUGAUGGCAAAAUCACCAUGAUUGAUUUUCCGCAGAUGAUCUCGACGUCACACCCGAACGCUGCUGAGCUGUUUGAUCGCGAUGUACACGGACUCGUGAAGUUCUUCUCGCGCCUGCAAGGCGGCGCCUACACACCUGACCGUGUUCCGAAGCUGCAGGACAUUGUGGCAGAUGAGAACGUCCAUUUAGACGAGGACGUGGAAGCAAGUGGCUUCGGAAAGGAGUUUGGAGAAAAAGUACACGACCUCUCGAUUUUUUCGGCUCACCAGAACAUUGAGGAAAAUGACAGCGACGAUGAAAGUGAAGAGGAAGGCGAGGAGCAUGAAGAGGACGCCGAAGUACCUGACCUUGUGCAGGGUGUUGAAGGCACCACUCUUGAUGGCCAGGGAGUUGGAUCCGACGAGGAGGAAAGCGACGAAAAUAACGAUGAAGAAGCGCAGGACUCGUUCGCAGUGGAAAACGAGAUCAUUAAGCAGCGGGUACAACGUGACCGACAGGCACGCCAAAAGGCAGGAGGCAAGCGGCGGUCGCGUAACUCGGCCAAGCUCAGCAUUAAGGGCAAGCUUUACCACAAGAACGACUGGUAG